GUCCUUCGAGCUGAGCAACGUCUACAAGCGUGACCGUGACAUUUGAACCAAGCAGCUCCAGCCCACCUUCAGCAUGCAUUUGCCCUCACUGUCAGCCGCUCUCGCCUUCCUGGCGCUCAGCCCCGGGCCCGCGCUGGCCGCGUACGUUGAGAUCAAUGGCGUCGCCGGCCCUGCCAUCACUUCACUCCACAUCGUCAGCCUGGUCACCGACGACGGCGUGCGCCACUUCCACGGCCCCAUCUUCAACGGCUGCGAGAGCAUGAUCAAGUACCCGUUCGUCAAGGAGUUCUGCCUCGGCUACCAGAGCGGGCACGUCUACUGGACCAAGGACCCCGACACGAAGGUGUGCUUCAAGCAGACCAAGGCCAGCUCGACGACCUGUGGCCCGUGCGCCAAGGGCAGCUGCCAGUACUGUUACUGGAACAAGUACGAGGAGACUCCUUGCGUUUGAUACGUCCCAGGGCUUUCCUGGCUUGAGCGGACCUGAGUGGAUGACUUGCAGGAAAGGAAGCAUGCGAUGAUUGUUGGUGGUGCUAGCUAGAAGUAUUUGUCUCUAGUUGCUGGAUAUCAGAGAUGAAAUGGAAUGCGCGCCGAUAGCAAGAUUGGCGAAUGUUUACACGAAGCCCAGAUUAGCUCGUGGGUCUGAGACCGAGUGUUAGAGUGC